UUCCCUUAGAAAGUAGCAGAAGCAUGUCGUUGCUUUUGAGUUGUGAACAUUUCCCAAAAUAUUAUGGAUAACAAACAUGUUGUGGCAUUGACAGUAUAUUUGUUGUUUUUUUUGCUCAAUUAUGGAUGCCAUGCACGAAUUAAUUACAAUAUUACAGAAUGCCAGGAAUGUUCUCAUCAGAAUUUGGUGCCAUGCAAAAUACAGGUUAUGCAUGAUAACUGCUUAUCAGCCAUGACAGCCAUCCAUGGGAAGCAAUGGCCAGGACCACCAAGAGAGAUAAAAGCAAAGGUUACACAAGUCAAGAAUGAAACUCAGGCUCAGUUUUCAUGGAAACCACCAUAUGAUGCUUCCAUCCACUCCUUGAAAGGAUUUCUUUUAAGAAUAACAACAUUUGAAGACGUGAGGGGAACAUUUGUUGCAGGAAGUCCAUGGUGUUUCUACUUAAAUUUUACCAACAGCUCAUGGACAGAAUCGCCACAUGCUUACGAAUCUGUCUUUCAGUUUAAUUGUGUAAAAUCGCAGUAUCCAGCUAGAGUUACUCUCUCUGUAUCCAGUAUACCUAGACCUCAUAAAGGAUGGAAAGUAGUUAAACAAAGUGUUGACAUUAAAGGAACAGUACCAUACUAUAGUUGGAAGCCAGAGAUCUACUUCACAGAGACAGCCGACACUAUGACUAAUUGUGUUAUAGUAGUUGUACAUCCACCAUUUACCAAGGCCUACAGCCAUCUUGUCAGUCUUAUAAAUCUGAACACCAAAGAAGUACAACAGGCAUCAUUUAAAUAUCCUGGUAACAAUGUGACAUUAUGUCUAUCACCAGGAGAAAACUACAGUAUACAGGUGAGGCCGUAUGAUAAAGACAAUCAACCUUUGAGUCACAAUGUGGAGUAUUCACCAAUUAGAAUUGAACCCAAACUAACACAGGAUCAAUUACCAGAUAAUGAAAUAUAUGAUUUUGUUUACAACCAAUUUUUAGAAGAAGAAAAAGAAAAGAUGCAAGUGAUGACAUGGGUUGUGAUACCUCUGGUCCUGGUGAUAGUCAUUUCUUUAACUGUCUUUGUAUUCUAUCGCAAAGGUAUUUUAAAAAAGGGAAAAUCAGGAGAAGAAUCUAUUAUUCUGCCAAAUAACGGACCAGAUGAAGGAGAUAACAACAUUGCAAUAGUUUUCUGUGCUGAAAACAAUUAUGUUGACAACAUCGUCAGGAGUCUUGGGCAGGUAAUAAGGGAGACAACUAAUAGUAAGGUGGAAGUUGUAUCCGAUAAUCGAAACAUAGAACCAAAUAGAAAGGUUGUGUUUGUGAUCACUGAAGGAAUACAUCAAAUUAAUCAUAUAUGUGCCGAUGGAAACUUUGGCAACUGUAAUUGGAAUAGAGCCUUUAAUUCGGGUGUAUCAUUUCUUCAAAGAAUAAAAGAUAUGAAAGAUGCCGAACCAAACAUGCUGCUUCUUUCACCUAUUGUUUCUAUAAACUGGCUUGAUUGUUGUAUGUUCAAGAAUAAAAAUGUGCCUCGUUUAUAUCAAAUUUCAGACACUGAGCAAAUAGAUUUAGAUUUAGGAAAAGUGUCCUCAUUCCUGAAGAGUAUAUCGUACAAAGACACAUCUAAAGAGAAAAUCAGAUUAGAUUUAAAUGAUAAUCAUGAAAUCUUAACAUUUAAAAAUCAUCUAUUAUCUUUAUAUCUGUACAUGCGUGACAAUCAGAAAUGGUUCGACGAUGACUUUCUAGGGACUGUAGAUGAUUCCCACCAGACUCAACCUUUAUUAGCAUUUCCCGUCAUGUAUGACAUGCACACACAUCCAUAUGUGGAUAAGUUCUGUCUCAACUAUCAGAGUCCCCCUCAUUUAUCAGGUUCAGACCACGUCAAACCUCAACAAACACAGAUUCAUGGGCUGGUUCAGGCUCAACUUCAUUCUGCAAAAACAAACUUUGACAAUCAAGACAUUAAAGCCACGGAGAUUGGCGUUGAACAAGAUGUUUUUGAUAGUGGAAUUUCAGAUUCAGGUAUCAAACUUGAAAUAAACGCUAAGAAUCAGAAUCAAGGAAGACUUGACAGUGGAGUGGAUUCUAUACCUUUAGAUGAAAUGGCACCUUUUUUAGAAACAAGACCAGAAUUUUUCCCGCCAGACUCAGAUGCAGAUAGUUUAGAUGUUGAUGGACAAUCUCUUAGUCAGCAUAUAUGGGAAAUUAAUAAAAGAAAUUUUCAAAUUUGAAAAGUUGGAAACAUAUGACAGCUAUUUAUUGCACUUAAAUUGGUGCAGAUAUCAGAAAGAACAGUGGGAUGGUUGCCAUUUCAAAUGAAAUCAGCUGGAAAAUGUCAAGCAAUGAGUUUUGUAAAUCAUGAUGGAAAUUUUGAAAGAAGUUUGUUACGACAUAGAUCUUGAUAUAUUGUACAUGAACUUUUUUAAACUUAUUUUAAGUUUUUGCGAAAACUGGUAUGUUAAAAAAUGCCAAAACAACUUCUGCAUUUUCUUUGAAUUUUUUAAAGACAUGGACCCAGGGAAUAAUGAAAACGAUUUCAUAGAUGUAUUUUAUUACUUGCUCAGUUAAAAGUUUUAGUCCCUAUGUAGAAAACCUAGUUUGACUUAUGACUAUGUACAGGGUACUAAGUCAUGCAAACUCAUGAGAAAUUGUGCCAUUUUAUUUUAGAAAAAUGAUAGAAUUAGUUAAUAACUAUCAAAUAUUAUUUUUCUUUGAAAAAGAUAAUUAUAGAAUUCAAAAACUAAGAAAACAGGGAAUAUUUUUUUAGCCUUCUCCAAUGGUUAUGAUAAAUCUAAAGGGAAAUAUGUAUUGAGAGGUAACAAAGAGGAUUACAAAUUUCUCAUAAUAGGAAGGUAAAUUUUGAUUCCACAUUUCAUAAAUGUAUAAAAUUAAAGACAAAGGAAUAAUGGAAAUAGAUGUGAAAAGUGACCUUUCAAUUGUGAUGACCUCUCGAAAGAGAGAACGGUUAGGGCAGGCACUUUAUAAAUUUAACAUAAUAUUUUAAAAGAUGGAUGAUGGAGGUCUUUCAAUAAUAUUUCCAGAUUCUCUAAAAAUUGUAAAUGACAUUAAAAUUGUGAUAUAAAUGAACAAAAUUGUGAUUUGAAUUAUAGCGUCAUGAUAGUUUUUGGUUUUGCAUGUUAAUUGUUGAAUUUGUGAUCAUGUUGAUAAUAUAUUAGAGAUAGUAUUGUUUAUUGCAUUAGCAGAGUAUGUUUCAACACAAUAGUAAAAUGAUAUAAUAUAAUCAUUUUUCAGAAGUAACAUUUUGUAUUGUUUUUCCUUUAUUUCCAUUCCAUUGUAUAUUUAUAAGUUUAGUUUGGUCUUUUUACUUCUGUAUUUCCCCCCCAUAUAUAAACCAUUAAAGCAUGAUACAUGUAUAAACAAAACAAAACCGCAUUUGCUUUAUUUUGAGAUUUAUUGUAAAUACAAUUUGUUUUACAUUUUUGUGUCCUAGUUUGUCACGACUUUAAUAUUACAAAUCUUGUUAUUUUACUCUUUUUUUUAAAUAAAUAUGAGUUUACAACUUUUUGUAGACUACAUCUAUGUACUUUUAUGAUGCAAAGAAGAAGUAAACUUUGCCAAUUUUACAUCUUCUUGAAAUUCAAGAAAAGAAAACUUUAAUGGAAACAGUUACUAAAUAACUUCAUUUUAAAAUUAUAUACAUGUGUAUGAUUAAGAAAUUGCAUUUAAUAAUCUUUCCCACUUGAAAUUUUUCCAGUUAAGCUUUUAUGAAAAUGCUUAUUUGAAAAACAAAAUAUAAGAUUGAAGAAGUCAUUUUCUCAAUCAAUAGCCAGAUUAUUUUUUUACCUCUGAUAGACUUUACCUCUUAUUCAAGAAAGGACCUCAUGUUUAUUUUAUAUAUUUUAAUUAGAACUUCAUUUCUGGCCAGUUUACAUCAGUAAUAUUUCUAUGAAGCUUGACAGUUGAGAGAUAACUGUUGGAACAUUUUUUAAUACAUUACUAUGAAUUUUAUAAAUUAUUUAUUAAGGAAAUUAUCAAGUUGGGUAAAUAUUUGAUAUUCUCAGGAACAAUUACUGUGGAUUAAGUUUAUUUUUUUCAUUAAAGAUACCAGUUUUUCGUGGAUUAAGUUUAUUUUUUUCAUUAAAGAUACCAGUUUUCGUGGAUUAAGUUUAUUUUUUUCAUUAAAGAUACCUGUUUUCGUGGAUUAAGAAAAAAUAUCAAUUUAUCAUGGCUACUUAAUCUCAUAGCUAUGAUGAGAUUUUCAUGUAAGUUUAGAAACAAAUUUGAUUUUGUUCAGCACUGCAUUUUGUGGAUCGUCUAUAUUCAUUAAAUCCACGAAAAAUGUGUACUCCAUAUAUGAAAAAGAAGUCGAUAGCAUUUGAUAUUAUAGAAUCAUUCCUUGCCAAUUGAUAGUGUGUGAAAGGGCGUUAGGUGCACAUUUAUAUGAUUGUUUUUAGAUCUUUAUUUUAUUUUUCGCCCAGCUGUUACAAUUCAAAAUGGGGCAUUUGUUUACAAUGAGAUUACUUUUAUACAGAGAAAUAUGUUUAAGAAAAGUCUGAAAUAAUCUAAUGACCUUAAUGCAAUUUCAAUCUAUUACAUUAAGAUAAAGAAUGACAAAUAGUAAAUGUCUUAAAAAAUUUAACCGAGGAGGUUGACAACCGAUCAGGUCGAUUUUUUAAGACAUUUACUAUUUGACAUUCUUCAGUUUGGCUCAUUCUGAAAUUUAGACAUUGGUAUGUUUAAUUUUAUGACUAAAUAAGGCCUCCUCUUAAGGAAUUUAUGAUUCAUUCUUUUCAUUCAAUGGACAAUUUUUAAAUGAAACUAUGACACAACCACUACGAAACAAAAAAAACAUAGAUAACCAUAGGAGUAAGUUUUCAAUGUAUCCCAGUUUAUGCCUUUUAUGAUUAAUCCCAUUUUGCCUUGUUGUAUGGGUAAAUUUUUUUAACUUCUAAAAAGGAUUUUGGUUGGACUUAUUUAUUACAGAUUCAGAUACAUAUAUUUAACUUUAAAAAAAAUAUGCAUGGACUAAAAACAUGAUAUUAACUCUUAAGCUUUUAUAAUCUGAUUCUCAAAUUAUAACACCUUUCUAUUGAAUAUUUGUGUGCUGUAUUAAUUCUGGAUGAUUAUUUCAUUAGGAAAAGAUAUUAUUUUCGUCCAGAAAUUUACGGGCAUUAUUUUUUUAUUAUUGGGCAUUUUAAACAUUCAGAGAUGAUUUUUUUUGUUUUUGUUUUGUGCCAGUUUAAUGGCAUUAAUUAUGUUCGAUUUUGUAAUUUCGCAUGCAUACAGUUUUGUUAUAUACUUUAGUGCAAUUCUUAUAAAACAUUGCUUUCUGAAUUUACACAGAAACAAAUUAAGAGGUGCAAAAAUAUACCCUUAAAGAGAACCAAAAAAAAGGAAUUUGUUAAUGAGUCAUUGUUACAGAAAUUUGUUUCAUUUUUGUGGAACUCACAUGUUUGUUUAGCAAAUUAUGAGCUUUUUUAAAAAGUUCAUCAUGAUGGUGAAACAAAAUCAUGCUUUUUCUUCAAAAAAUUGUGUUUUUCAUGAAUGUGAUUCGCAUAAACUAUCAAUUUGAAAAUUGAAAAAAAAAUACAAAAUUACAACAAUAUGAUGAAAACUCAAAAGUAUUAUGAUAAUUUAAACUACAAAAAAUUACAAUAAUGACUUCAACCUCAAAUUAUUGUUAAAAGAUUUUCUCUCAUCUAUGCUUAUGAUUUAUUUCUGAAAUUUUUCACAUCCAUAUUUCAUCAGGUCAGAAAAUUCAAAAAUACUCUAUCAAUUUAAUUGAUAUUAGCUGAUUAAUAGAUCUUUUUAUAAUUAGCCACAAUUUAUGAAAUUUCCAGUAAGAAUACUUCAAUUAAUUAAUAAAUCUCUUGAAAAAUUGAAAUCAAUCUGACCAUUUUCAAGAAAUUGUAAUGUUUUUCAAAUCAGUUUUAAUUGUUUAAUUUGUUUAGGUUAGCAAUGUAAUUAGCUCAGACGUAAGUGUAGAUAAGUUGAAGUUUCAAGAAAAAAAUCAGUUUUGAAAUAACCCUGUUAGUUUUAGCAAUAUUUAGUAAUACCAUACUAAUGACUAAGUGUCCAUAUUUCACUCUGUAUACAGUAUUAUUAUUAACCCGGUGCACAUUUGUAUUCUUACUAAUUCUAUUCUAUUGAAGAUCAAGAAAGUUCUUAUAUGUAGUAGAAUAGUGAGAAAAAAAUCUUUGUAUAUUGUUUAGCUUUUUUUGUUUUUUGUUUCCUUAUUUGUUAAUUUUACAGUCAUACAAGUUCUUAAUUGAAAUCCAAUGGUUCCAUCCAUUUGAUUAAAAUAACCUGGAGUAAAUUUUUUGUAGUAAAGAUUUAAAAGAGCCGUUUAAAUAUAAUUGUUUAUGUUCAAGCUAUGGCAUUACCCAUAAUUCUUGACAUUCGGAGACAGUGAAUUGUGUUGAAAAGAGAGAACUUUCAAAAUCCAAAUGACAAUCCAAAUGCAUAUUAUACUGUAAAUUCAGAAAUUAUUGCCAUGUUUUGAUUAUUGCAAUGUUUUAAUUAUUGCGAAAUAGUUGUAAAGGCAAUAAUUUAUACUCACAUUUUGAAAUAUUUUUUAUGAAUUAAACCGGAUUUUUCUCAAAAUUGUAAAAAAUAAAAUUGCAUUUAAGUCUAAAAAUGACAAAAUGACAACAAUAAAUGCACACAAUAAUUUCUGAAUUUACAGUACUUGAAAUAUUUGGUAUGUAAUGGUAAAAAGGGUUUAUCUAAAGAAACUGUAUAUUCUAAUUAUUUCACUUUUUAAUACUAUAUUCACAAUUUAUAUAGAUUUUGUGUGUUAUAUAUAUAUAUAUAUACAUGUACCAUAUGUAUGUGUCCAUUUUUAGAGGUGAAAACAAAUGAAAUAUAAUAUUAACCACUAAAUUGUUCCUAUAAGGCAUAUAAUAAGAAUAAUUGAAGAUUUAGGUUCAAUAUGCAAGAUCACUUUGCUUGAAAAAUUUAACUAUGUAAUUCUAGUAUGGUUAAAAAUAGGUGAUGAAAUUCUGUAAAAAAAGACUUUGGUCAGAUUUCCCUGAACAUUAAUUUCACUCAACUUUUGUAGUCUUUCAGUUUCCACAAAAACACACUGUAUUGCAGCUUCUCAUGUAUUUUAUGUCCUAUAUUAAAACCACUUUGCUCAACAUACCUCCAAAUGUUCUUUCUUUUUCUUUGAUGUUGAAAUGACUUUUUGUUAUAUAUAGUUUUCGUGCUCAAAUUGUUUUAUAGUCAAUAAUGAUUUAUUUACAAAUCAAAAUUUGAUGCUUAUGUUUGUGUAUAAAUGAAUUAAUAAUUAUUUAAAUUAGUUCUGUGUGACUGUGUGUGUCAGGUUUAGAAAUCUCAUAUGAUAAUGACAUUUUCAACAUAAAUUAAAAACUAAAAACCAAUUUCAUAAGCUUUAACAUGAAUGCGAAAAAUGUAAUGAUUUUUCGAUGAAAUCUGUUGUCACUUGCAUUUAUUGCUUUAAAACUACCAAAAAUCAGAUAUUAUAACUCAUGUAUUUCCAGAAAAUAUUCAGUAUCAUACCAUUUCUUUAAUCAAAUUCAAAACUUACUUAUUUUUGUUUUUGCUUUAGUUUUGCCAUUAUUAUAUAUUCAAAGCAAAGUGAGCUCAUGUAGAAACAUUUACAUGUGAAAAGAAGAAAAGAAAAGUAAAUUAAAAAAAGUUAUGUCAUUGACUUGGCCAUAAUGUUAAGUUUUUAAAUUUUCACAGAUUAGUUCUUUCUUUUUAUGCCAUGGGAUAUAACAACUGAGCUUUGUUAAAGACAUUUUAUAACUUUUAUUAAAUACUUCCUUUUCCAUGAUUAAGAAGAAGAAGAAAAAAAACAGCCUUUAGACCGAUUUCUUGCCAUCUUCUGAUUGGUGUAUCAUUAAUAAAGAAACCAGUUAUUUUUCAGUGCAUGUUUGUGUAUUGCAAAAAAAAUUUCUUGAUCUAGAACAUUGUUUACCUCUUUUUUUGCUCAAUGUGUUUGCUUCCCUUCAGAAUAUGUAAAAAGCAUUGAUUUAAUUUUGUAAAUCAUAUGUUUUUUCUUCACUAUAGAGGAUGCUUUUAUUUAUAUCUUAAUUUCGUGAAUGUCUUAUUUUUUUUUAAAGUAUUUCUGUGCAUUGUCAUACAUUGUAGUACAUUUUCAGCCAUGUUUUGCAGCCAUUCGAAAAUAAAUUUUAAUUUUCUUGUGGUAACUUUAUAGUGAAGACGCUAGCAUUUAAUAUUUGUUUGGGCUGCUGUUAUAAAAAUAGAAUAAUCUCCCCGUAGUCAUUGUCAGGGAAAGGAAUUUUUUUGACUGUCUCUCAGUUAUUAUUGGAUGUCACUCAGCUACUAUAAAAAAUAAGUUUUAUUUUAUUAAGUGGUAUGACUGCCAAUGAGACAACUCCCCACCAGAGAACAAAUUAUGUAGAAGUAAACAAUUAUACGUCACCAUACAGCCUCUUUUUUAUAGGUCUCUUUAUUGUAAUCAGAUUGGUUUGAACAUGAGACAAUGUUUGUCUUUGUUAGAAAAGAAAAGAAAACAACUUAGAGCAUUUCUGUAUGAAAUAAUUUACAGUGAUAUGCUUUUACAUAUCAUUUUUUGUUAGUAAUGAGAUUUUAUGAUACUUGUAUCAAAAAUAUUUAAACGAAAUACUUUUGCCUUGCCACAGUGAUCUCAACGAAAUUAUGAACAAAUGACGGGUAUGCAUUUCAUUAGUCAGGAAAAGAGAGAUUGUAAAAUGAAGUUCCUUUUUUUUUUUAACAAUCUGAUUUACAUACAGAUCCUAUGCCAAAACGUUGGUUUACAAGGAUCAGAGACCACUCCGUUCUGCUUUCUAUAGUUGUAAUUAUUACAUACUGUAUAUUCAGUAAUUAUUGCAAGGUUUUAUAAUUGUGAAAAAUGCGACAACGUUGUUAACGCAAUAAUUUAAACUUGCACUUUGAAAUAUUUUAUAUGUAUUAUACAGGAUUUUUCUCAAAAUCGUAAAAAUAAAAUUUGCAUUUAAGUCUCAAAUGACAAAAUUGCAAUAAUAAAUGCACGCAAUAAUUUCUGAAUUUACAAUAAGCCAAUGAAAUUCUUGUCUACAGAUAUUAAGUUGUAUAACUUAACAAUCAGAAUCCUGUAUUAAAUGUCUUUAAAAAAGAAAUUAGAACAGAGUGUUGUCAGAUCUUUGAUGUCAAAUUGUGGACACAGAAUAUGUAUUUUAAUAAGAUUAUAUUUUCACCAUAUUUACUGAUGUCAACGAAUUGCUUAACAGUGUAGAUGUUGUUUUCAUAUAUCAUUAGACAGAUAGAAUUUGUCUGCACGCAUCAUUUCACAUUUAUAAAUUUCAAGGAUAUUGAUGAAGAGGCACUAAUGAACAUUUAAUAAAUUGAUACUAGAUGAUUAAAUUAUUUAAUUUGAAGUAUCUAAAUUUUAGCAAUGAUAAAAACAUCCAAUUAUUGCCAAAUAUGCAUGUUUUUAUUACAAGACAGAUGUAUGUGGCCUUCAUGACAAUCCGAAAGAUUUAUGUUAUUUUGUACAACUCAUUUAAUGUUGAUAUAUAAGAUGUUAUCGAGUUGUACAUAAACAUCGAAACUUCUUUGUUGAAAAAAAAAAUGACUUAAUAUAUAUAGUUUAUCGUGACAUGUUUAUAUUAUUAAGGUAUAGCUCCUAUGUUUUCUAGACUUGCUCAAGUGGUUAAAAAUAUUUCAAACAUUUUAUUUUUGUCUAAAGAUUUUCAGAUUAAUUUCUUUUCAACUGUUUUGUCUAGCUAAUCAUUCAUUGAGAAUGGAUUGCCUAGAAAAUUACUUGUCAAUGCUUUUAUAUGUAUCACAGCUUUGAACAAAAUAAAUGAGUGAAAGUUAGA